GCGGUGUUAAUGGCGGUUCUCGCUGUCUUGACUGGCGAUCCUCGGGUGACAUAUCUCCUCCUCCGCUUCGCCAUUGUGUGUGUGGUGCUCGAUGUGUUGAGGUCGAGGCAGCCGCCGGGGCGACAGUGGCGGCGGCAGAGUACAAAUAAAUAAACAAACGGACUAUAACGGCUCGUUUUGUCCUCCGUCGUCUCGCCCUUCUUCCUCCUCCAGAUCGUCCGCCGAUCCCGCUACUGGCCUCCCCGACGACACCCAUGCAGCAGAGGAGCCCCUGGACGGGACUAGCUACAUGUGAUCCAUGUUGGGUUUCGGGGUGAAAAGGAAACUGGCCGAUGACGAGGAUCUGUUGGCGGCUGACGGCGGCGUCCUGUCCUCCGCCCUUCGGCGCCAGACGCUCCUCAACGUGUCUCUCGGCAAGCUGUACGCCCCUCGCACGGGCGCCGACCUCGGCCUUCAGCGCCGCGUCCUCAUCAACAACAUCGUCCGGCGCCUCCACGCCGACCUCAGACAGCACGGAGGCGCAGACGCCACAGCCGCGCUCUUCUUCUUCUCCGCCACGCCGCCCGUGGCCAACACCACCUCCACCAACGAGGACGAAAGCUUCCACCCGCCACCGCCGGCGUCCUCCUUCAGCCUCCUCUCCUCGCCGCUGACGCCCGCUUCGCUGUUAGAGGACGACCUGCCCGUGUUCUUCGCUCCUUCGCCGCAGCCUGCCUCCACCCCAAGGCCGCCCUCGCCGCCGCCGCCGCCCAAAGACAGCUUCUCCUCCGCCCUGGAGGAGAUCGAGGAGCUCUGUCCGUCCCCGCCGCAUGCGCCGUCUCUGAGGCGUGACAUCGGCGUGAAGGAGGAGGGGUGUGGCCUUCAGGAGAAAGCUCCGCCCCCUCUUCUUCCUCUGGCUCCCUCGCCGGCCGGCUCUUUCCUGACGGACUUCGCCCUGGACGACGUGCUCUUCACGGACAUCGACACGUCCAUGUACGACGUCGGCGCCCGGCCCGGCGCCCAGACACAGCCGUUCAAAAUGGACCUCGCCGAGCUCGACCAGAUCAUGGAGGUUCUGGUCGGCAGCUGAGACGCAGACGAUGUAAACUUUAUGUUUCUGGACAUUUUUAGGCCUUUCUUCGACAGGACAGCUGAGGACAUGAAAGGAGA